GACAUGGCUGUGGCUCGGCGCGGCUGGCGGCUGGCGCCCGUUCGCCGUGGCGUCUGCGGGCCCCGGGCGCGUCUGCUUAUGCGGCCCCUCUGGUUGCUCUUCGCAGUGAGCUUCUUUGGCUGGGCCGGGGCUUUGGACAGCUCUGGGGGAACGACCAGAGCCAUGGACGAGGAAAUCGUGUCCGAGAAGCAGGCGGAGGAGAGCCAUCGGCAGGACAGCGCCAACCUGCUCAUCUUCAUCCUGCUGCUCACCCUCACCAUUCUGACGAUCUGGCUUUUCAAGCACCGCCGGGCCCGCUUCCUGCACGAAACCGGCCUUGCUAUGAUUUAUGGUCUUUUGGUCGGCCUUGUGCUUCGGUAUGGCAUCCAUGUCCCGAGCGAUGUGAACAAUGUGACCUUGAGCUGUGAAGUGCAGUCAAGUCCGACUACGUUGCUGGUGAACGUCAGUGGGAAGUUUUAUGAGUAUACGCUGAAAGGAGAGAUUAGUUCCCACGAACUCAACAAUGUUCAGGAUAACGAGAUGCUCAGGAAGGUUACUUUUGAUCCGGAAGUCUUUUUCAACAUACUGCUUCCUCCUAUCAUAUUUUAUGCAGGCUACAGUCUCAAAAGGAGACAUUUCUUCCGGAACCUUGGGUCUAUCUUAGCAUAUGCCUUUCUUGGAACAGCAAUCUCUUGUUUCGUUAUUGGGUCCAUAAUGUAUGGCUGUGUAACCCUGAUGAAGGUGACUGGGCAACUCGCGGGAGAUUUCUACUUUACAGACUGCUUGCUGUUCGGUGCCAUUGUAUCAGCCACAGACCCAGUGACUGUUCUUGCCAUCUUCCAUGAACUUCAAGUUGAUGUUGAACUCUACGCUCUUCUCUUCGGGGAAAGUGUCCUCAAUGAUGCAGUUGCCAUAGUGCUGUCCUCCUCAAUAGUGGCGUACCAGCCAGCUGGAGACAACAGCCACACCUUUGAUGUUACAGCCAUGUUCAAAUCUAUUGGAAUUUUCCUUGGGAUCUUCAGUGGAUCUUUUGCAAUGGGUGCUGCAACAGGAGUGGUGACAGCUUUAGUGACAAAGUUCACAAAGCUGCGGGAGUUCCAGCUGUUGGAGACAGGUCUGUUCUUCUUGAUGUCCUGGAGCACCUUCCUUUUGGCCGAAGCAUGGGGUUUUACAGGUGUGGUUGCAGUGUUGUUCUGUGGCAUCACACAAGCACAUUACACGUACAAUAAUUUGUCUACGGAAUCUCAGCAUAGAACGAAGCAGUUGUUUGAGCUUCUCAAUUUUUUAGCGGAGAACUUCAUCUUUUCCUACAUGGGGCUGACGCUGUUCACCUUCCAGAAUCAUGUCUUUAACCCAACAUUUGUUGUAGGCGCAUUCAUUGCUAUUUUCUUGGGAAGAGCUGCCAAUAUUUACCCCUUGUCUCUCUUACUUAAUUUGGGUAGAAGAAGUAAGAUUGGAUCAAAUUUUCAACAUAUGAUGAUGUUUGCUGGUCUUCGUGGUGCAAUGGCCUUUGCCUUGGCCAUUGGAGAUACUACCACCUUACGGACAAAUGAUGUUCUUUUCACUCACUCCCCAUCGUGUUUUUUUACUGUGUGGGUGUUUGGUGGAGGUACCACUGCCAUGCUGUCGUGCCUGCACAUAAGGGUUGGUGUUGAUUCAGACCAAGAACAUUUGGGUGUUCCUGACAACGAAAGGAGAACCACCAAAGCAGAGAGUGCCUGGCUCUUUCGGAUGUGGUACAACUUCGAUCAUAACUACCUGAAGCCCCUGCUGACCCACAGUGGGCCUCCUCUGACCACCACGCUCCCAGCCUGCUGCGGGCCAAUCGCCAGGUGCCUGACUAGCCCCCAGGCGUACGAAAACCAGGAGCAGUUGAAAGAUGAUGACUCCGAUCUCAUUCUCAAUGAUGGUGAUAUCAGUUUGACGUAUGGGGAUUCUACUGUGAACACAGAGUCCGCAACAGCCAGCGCCCCAAGGAGAUUUAUGGGCACCAGCACUGAAGAUGCCUUGGAUCGGGAGCUUACAUUUGGGGACCACGAACUGGUCAUUCGUGGGACACGCCUGGUUCUUCCGAUGGAUGAUUCUGAACCUGCAUUAAAUUCAUUAGAUGACACAAGACACAGUCCAGCCUAAGCGUUCUGAUACUCAGUUAGUGGUUUGUAAACUUUGCACAUGUGAUUGUGAAGAAAUGUGUACUACCUACAAGUCCUAGUGCAUGUCUCUGAAUGUGUAAGCUAUAUAAAUGCCAUUUAUAUGGCAUAGGAAGAAUAUAAAUACCCUGUACAAGGCAGAUUGUGAAAAAACUGUUCUCUUAAGUUUUGCUGGCUGUAUUACAUUGGCCAGAUGUGUUUUAGAAACUUACUUUCACAGUGAUGUUGUGUUUUCUGUUAGUUUUAUGUUUCAGUUAAAGUAUAAAAAGUGACGGAUUGCCCCUUUCUUAUAUUUAUCUGAGUACCAAGUUCUUGUGAUGUGAGUUAAUUUGUGUGUGGCAGGGAAGGGGAGGGAAGGGGGAGCUGUUGUUCCCUCGGGAACCCAGGGAGGAGAGGUUCCUUUGUUGGAAAAACUUUUGUUGAUUGCUGCUGCCUUUGUCGUGACUUUUUCUUUCCCUUUUCUCUGGUGGCCCUUUGUGGUGCAAGGAGCUGAUGGCAUUUUGAUCUCACCCCAUUCAGGUUGGGGACUGAAGUGGGGGGGGGCGUUUUCCCCCCAUUGAUGUGAAAGAACAGAUUUCUUGACUACAGUACAUUGAUGCUCUGAGAAAGUAGGCUACAAAUGACCUCCAAGACCUUAUUUCUUUCCUUUCACACCAAGACCAUAGGAAUUGCAUCCAGCUGGCUCAGCCAAAGAACAGGUGUAUAUCAUUCAGGGCACUUGUUACAGAUUUGGGGGUGCUGGAGCAAGUGGGCAUGGGCCAUAGGAUGGGGGUGUUGGAGGUCUCUCUUCCCAAAUAUGUAAAUAUCUAUACCAGAUAAGUGAAAUAGGAAAAGUAACUGCUGCUUCAUUUUGGAUUAUGUUCUUUGUGUCGACAGCCAGCCUUGUCAUCCCAAGUUUUUUAUAUCAACGCAAAUCGCUGCUUUUUAGCAGCCAAACAGGAGCAAAAUGUAAAAUUUUUAAACUCAUUAUGUUUAGUGGUCACUUGUGAGUUGCUAGUUGAUGUUAAAAGUUAAUUUAUGAACCCACAAUUGUUCUGUACUACACCAGAGGCAGCCCGAAGGGGAAUGCAGUGCUCUGCAGUCUUUGAAGGAGUUCUCUUGGUGUGGAGUGGGUGUGCUUGUCUCCAUUGUCCUGUUACCUAAGCUGCCGUGUGUCAUUUUCUGAUGGUUUUUUGAGGAAGAGCACAGAACAAAUUUUCAUUUCAUAUUCAUAGUAUGAAAGUGGUUUCUACUGUGUAAUGCUGCAAAUACCCAAAGGUACAUUGAACACCUGGAAGGGGAUACUUUUUGAUGCUGAUUCUGACCUGUUCCUGAUUCAGGAGAAAAAAGUACAAAUGUGUAUUUUUCUCCCUCAGGUCCCAGUAGCAUUGCCUUAAAUCUAACCCGAUUAGAAACUUGAUUACUUAUGUGAUGUUCAAAUUUUCCACUGGGAAGAAACCUUCCAAACUAAAGAUGCACUUACUCUCUCAAAAGGGUUCUGUGCCAUUAACACUCCUUGAAAUUUUGAAGGAAUUCUCAUGUGUACCCAUACGUGGCAGCCUGACUUUUGGCAUAUCAUUUUGUUAUAUAGUGGUAGUGACUUUCCUGCUAUGCAGGAACUCCGCCUGUGAAGUGUACGUUUUAUAUGAUGCGUGGCUCUUCAUGCAGUAAAUAAUUUCUUGUUAAUGUAUGUUUGAGGGGUUUUGAAUGUCAGCAUCAUUGACCCACAAAAUCAUUCAAGUUGUAAAAGGGUAUCCAGUGAUUUAACUACUAUCUUUUUUAUUCUGUCAGGUUACUGAGCUCACAUUAUGAAAAUGGCUAUAAAUACUUAGCAUGACAAAUUCUGUAACCUGUCUCUUUUUAGCAUGCAUAAGAUUGCUCAUUAAGGAAACUGAUAACGCUUGAGUCCACUAAAUCUGCCUUCAGUACUUUAUCAAAGGAGAACGAAGCUGGUUGUACUUAUGUAUUCACCUGGAAGACUUUUUCCCCUCUCUUGUCUGUGUACAACAUCCCCAUGCAAAGAGAAAAGCACCUCUGUUGAGACAGUCAUUAGGAUUAAGCGCCUCGAUGAGCUUUGAUGAAGUACAGUGAGUUACCAUCGUGCAUGAGUGAACUGCUCGUGGACCUGUGUUUCUGUUGUUCGUGGAACCUACAUGUUUGAUUGACUUGAACAUUGCAUCUCUCAGAGUUGUUUUUUAAGAUCUCCUGGCAUUUAUCCUAGUCUGUGUUUGGCAGCGUGCUGUUAAAGUACUAGACUUCUAAUCUUUGUGUGCUUUUUCUUUUCCCUUGGAGUACUUGGAAAGAUGUUAUAGUGGUUUCUUUUAGGAAAAUCUGUCAUUAAAAAAAUUAUAGCCUUGCAAAUAACCAUU